AUGGCGGAGGAGGCGGGGAGAAAGCAGGCGCGCCUCGGGCUGCCAGGUGGAGUCGCGGCCCAGUGGCCUCUGGAGCGGUAUGGGCGUUUCAUGCCCUUGGGCACAGGAGAGCCAUCUGGACCUGGCCUGGAAGCUGGGAUGGCCUCUUCCCCUUCGUGGAAGGUUUUUGACUCCAAUGAAGAAUCUGGAUAUCUUGUUCUCACCAUAGUUAUAUCAGGUCAUUUCUUCAUUUCCCAAGGACAAACACUUCUGAACAAGAGUCGCAUGUUCCGGGUACAGUUCAGUGGAGAGUCCAAGCAGCAGGCACUAGAGCACUGCAGCAGCUGUGUGCAGAGCCUGGCCCAGUACAUAACUGUGCAGGUGCCCGACGGGGACAUUCGGGAUCUUGGCCUACUGAGGGCAGGUGGAAGCAGCGGGGAGGGCUGUGUGCCAACCAUCCCACUGCAGCAUGGAUCACACCAGCGGCCGGAGCAGCAGCAGUCUGCCCCAGGAGGAAGGACCUCAGUGACCCAGUUAGCUCAGUCUCUCCUGGCAUCAGAGGAGCUGCCCCUAGUCCACAAACAAUCUGCAUGGAAUGCUGAAGAGUUAGGCUCCUUUCUCCGCUUCUGCCUCAUGGAUCAGAAUUUCCCAGCAUUUGUGGAAGAGGUGGAAAAGGAACUAAAAAAACUGACGGGGUUGAGAAAUUAA